GAGGGGCGGGCGCUGCCAGGGUCGCCCCGCCGCAGGCAGACGGAACGCUGAGGCCGGUCUGGCGUGGGAGGCAGCCUCGGCAGCGGCUCCUCGCUCGGCGCAGCGCACAAGCUCUGGGCAUCACACGAGGCGGCAACGCCACGAGUUCCCCAGAAUGGCCAAGCCUGGGGCGCACCCAGCUUCGCGGCUGCACAGACCUGCCAUCAGCUCUGAUUUUCACGUUGUUUUACGGUGACUUACAGCGGCGUAAUUACAGUCUCUCGGCUGCAUCACUGAGAUUACACCCUACGUUUCCUGACGCCUUUGUUUCAGCCUUCCUCUGAGGAGGCUCGGGGCGCUAGCAGAACCGCGCCGCCGCUCACGGCUGGCGGCACAGCCGACGGCACGGUAGCAACCCCCUGCGGGCCCGGCCCCUCGGCGAGACGAGGCCAGACCGCCCUCCCCGCCCCUCGGCAGGUGCAGCACCCGCCGCCGGCCUCUACCACACCGCGCGGUGCGUGGGGAGGGAGCUGAGCCGCGCGCGGCACGCCUGCCUGCGCGGGAGUGUCCCGCCUCCUUUCCCUGCCCGCCUCCCCCGCGUCUAGCUGUGGAACGGGCCGAGCCCGGAACUCGGAGCUGCCGGUGUCGGCUGAGGAAGAUGGAGGCGGGAGAGCCCGGCCUGGGCGGCAGGGCCGGCAGCAGCGCCGACAGCCUGGCCGAAGAGGAGGAGGAGGAUGAGGACGAGGAGGGAGCUGGCAGCGGCCGGACCAGCCGCACCUCGUCGCUGGUGAGCGGGCUGCUCACCGAGCUCUACAGCGCUGCCGAGGCGGCCGCCCCCGCGGGCACUGCGCGCUCCCGCGUCCUCCGGGAGCUGCACCAGCGGCCGAGCCGGGUCAAGUACUUGCGGCUGAAAGAUGUCGAUGAAUUGACAACUAUAAAACGAGAACUGAAUUACAGAAUUUCUGUUCAAUCAGCGAAGUUGCUUCGUCUUCUGAAACAGAAAGACAGGCUUGUACAGGAAGUCCAGAAGAACUGCGAUAUCAUCACAGCUUGUUUACAGGCCGUUUCCCAGAAACGAUGUGUUGAUACAAAAUUGAAAUUCACUCUUGAACCAUCUUUAGGUCAAAAUGGUUUUCAGCAGUGGCACGAUGCACUCAAAGCAGUUGCCAGGUUGCCGACGGGCAUACCAAAAGAAUGGCGGAGAAAGGUUUGGCUGACCCUGGCUGAUCAGUACUUACACAGUAUAGCCAUUGAUUGGGAUAAAACCAUGCGUUUCACGUUCAAUGAAAGAAGUAAUCCUGAUGAUGACUCUAUGGGCAUCCAGAUAGUAAAGGACCUUCACCGAACUGGUUGCAGUUCUUACUGUGGCCAGGAGGCAGAGCAAGAUCGAGUGGUAUUAAAACGUGUUUUGCUGGCUUAUGCCAGAUGGAAUAAAUCUGUUGGCUAUUGUCAAGGAUUUAACAUACUAGCUGCACUUAUUCUGGAAGUAAUGGAAGGCAAUGAAGGGGAUGCCCUGAAAAUUAUGAUCUACUUAAUUGAUAAGGUGCUUCCUGAUAGCUAUUUUGUCAAUAAUCUCCGUGCUCUCUCUGUGGAUAUGGCUGUUUUCCGAGAUCUGUUACGAAUGAAGCUUCCUGAACUGUCCCAGCACUUGGACACCCUGCAAAGAGCUGCUAACAGAGAAAGUGGAGGAGGCUAUGAACCCCCACUUACAAAUGUCUUCACAAUGCAGUGGUUUCUGACCCUCUUUGCCACUUGUCUGCCUAACCAUACAGUUCUGAAGAUCUGGGAUUCAGUAUUCUUUGAAGGCUCUGAAAUUAUACUGAGAGUAGCUUUGGCUAUCUGGGCAAAAUUAGGAGAGCAAAUAGAGUGCUGUGAAACUGCAGAUGAGUUUUAUAGUACCAUGGGCAAACUGACCCAGGAGAUGCUGGAAGACAGUCUGAUUGACAGCAAUGAACUCAUGCAGACUGUUUAUACCAUGGCUCAGUUUCCCUUCCCACAACUGGCAGAACUAAGGGAAAAAUACACAUACAACAUUACUCCUUUCCCUGCAGCAAUAAAAUCAACUUCACUUUCAGGAAGGCUAGGCAGAACCAGAGACAGUGAUGAGGAGAAUGACCUAGAUGAUGAAGACUCAAUUGUUAAUGCAAUUGGCUGUCUUGGACCAUUAAGUGGGUUUUUGGCACCAGAGCUUCAAAAAUACCAAAAACAGAUGAAAGAUCAGAAUGAAGAACAAAGUCUGGGUUCCAGUAACAUUGCAGAAUUAAGCCCGGGAGCAAUAAACUCUUGCCGAAGCGAGUAUCACGCUGCUUUUAACAGCAUGAUGAUGGAGCGCAUGACCACGGAUAUUAAUGCACUGAAAAAGCAAUAUUCCAGGAUAAAGAAGAAGCAGCAACAGCAGGUUCACCACGUGUACAUCAGAGCAGGAUCUGAAGAUGAUGACCCUGGGAUUUUUUUAGGUCCCAGGGACCAGCUGAACAAUGACAAAGGGCCGGUUACCAGCCUCCUCCCGUCUCAGGUAAACCACUCUCCAGUCAUAAACCACCUCCUUUUAGGAAAGAAGAUGAAACUGAAUAACAGGUCUCUGAAAAACGCUGUUAUUCACAUCCCAAGUCACGCAACAGGGAAGAUGUCCCCUGUUGCUCAGGAAGACCUUAGAACGAAGCUGAACUCCCCGUGGCGCACUCACAUACGAGUGCAUCGGAAGAACAUUGCUCGGGCCAAAGGCCACCUGGGCUACGGGGAUACCAUAGGACUGAUAGAUGAGCAGAGCGAGAGCUGUAAAACAAAUAGUCCUGGGGCAAAGGAGGAGACUUCCAAAGGGCCUGACGAAGGAGAAGGAGAAGGAUGUGGCUUGGAUGACAGGACUGCCGGAGCAGCCGAGCAGCAGACAUCUGAGACAGCCUCUACGGACAGCAGCACGAGUGUGUCAGUGGUUCAGCUAAAACUAGAGGCCCUGGAUCUCACCUCAGAUGACAAAUCUGAGGUUGAGUCCACGUGCCAUCCGUCUGGGCAGCCACGUUUAUCAGAGUCCUCCAGUUCAUCCAGUGACAGUGGAAACCUGGCUAAGUCUCCCCAGCCUGGGAACCCAAAGCCACAAGUUUUCAACCCUUUUCCCAGCGUCAAGCCCCUUCGCAAGUCAGCUACAGCCAGGAAUUUAGGGCUGUAUGGCCCCACUGAAAGAACACCAACUGUACACUUCCCACAGAUGAGCAGAAGUUUCAAUAAGUCUGCCAGCGGCAACAGUGGGACCAGGAAACGGUGAUCUUCUACCCGGAACUUUCUGUUUCUGACAGUAACAAACAUUUCUGUUGCCUUUGGUUGGUGUUUUUUUUUAACGUGUGUGUGCGUCCCAAAGCAUUUCUGAUCUUUAGCUGAUGAGGACAAAAGUGGUUACCAGGUGUAUAAAUAUGUGUCUUAGAAACUUGUGCUCCCGUGUUGUUCUGGGAUAGAUUAGUGAAGAUGCACUCUGGCACCCUCGUGUCGAUUCUGAUGGUUCUGGGGUUAAAUAAACAUUGAUUUGCAGUGCUGAGGAUACCAUUCCUUUGACUCUAACUCGGGCGUAAAAGCACCAGCUGCCUUUAACCCCUCAGCCCCCCACAGCUGCCUCCUGCCUCUUUCCAAGCUCCAAGGACAAAUUGUCUGGUGCAGCCGACACAUGUGUAGCAGUUGUAACUGUUGUGCUGCUCCCCGUUAGACCUCUUGCUCCGCGGGUGGCUGGAGAAGCCAUGGCUGACAGAAGCACAAGCACAAGCAUCGCUCUGUGUCCGACACAACCACUCCCUUGCUGGGCCAUUUGCCUUCAGACGUCCUUGAACAGCAUUUUGUGCUUCUCUUCCCACAGCAGUCCUCUGCUGAUACCAUGUUUGAUACAGAUGUCAUCAGUGAGCAUGAAAGCAGCAGACCUAAGACCAUCCCCAGCACGGGUUUGCUCCUUUUCUGUUACAUAUGUAAGUGCAUUUCUGUUACUGCUGGGAAGUUGCAGCACUGCAAAAUUAGGAACUAGGUACAACUGUAGGUGCAGCUGUAUGGCUGUUACGGCACGUCCUGGCUUCAGUGCAUUUAUCUGUUAUCUAGAUCACAGAGUUGUGAUUAAAAUCAUAUUUGCCAGCUUAGGAGUAGGUAAAAUAUAUGAACGUUCCCAAGUAGUUUAGGGUCUUAAAUUCUAUAAAUAGAGUGAUUAGAUACUUAGGGUGCCACUUACCAUUAGAAGCCAACUCAGCCGCUACAUAAGUGGGGUGGACCGUGGGACUGCCUUGGGCUUCCAAAGCUUGGUGCUGGUCCUGGUGAGAGAGCAACAGCAAAGCAAUAAGCUGAACGUCUACUUACAAAUCAAAAAGCAAAGGUGGUGAACACUAUAGGACAGAUAAGUUUUAGUUUUAAAAAUCUGUGUAUUGAACAGGCAGGCAGAGAAAUUUAAUGUGGACAAUUCAACUUUAGGGUUGCAAAAUCAAGCACUAAAACUCAAGCAAUUCAGGUUGCUCUUAAAAUGGGAGUAUUGACUGUGAUAUGUUACUGUGCUGCUUCCAAGGCUCCCACGACAGCAAAGUGCCAUUGUUUUACACCAGAGUAAAGGCAGUAACGAUGGACCAGCCCCAUGGUAUGUAAUAUCUUACUUCCCCUUUUAAAAUUAUUUGCUAAGUUUGCAAAUUCAUGUGUCAUUGUCUAUUUAUUAAUGUACCCCAUGACCCAUAGGACUUGAUGUCAGUUUUACUGUAUACCAUAACUUAUAAGCUGCACAGUAUACCCUGUUUAUUGUUGUCAGGACAGUUUGAAUCUGUUGUUGUUUUAUACAGGUGUAUGCAUAUGAAAUAAUAGACAAGUAAGAACACUAUAAAUAAACCAGAUGUAAAUCAGCCUUAUUUUCAGGCUAUAGUAGUCUCGUCACAGAUGAUUAUUUAUAGCGCUCAGUACGUUAAAAUACUGUAGAAUUUAGUCACUGAUCACAGACUGUAUGAGAGUUGAUUCUGCCUUGAUUUUGAAGAAAUUGACUUCUCAGAAUUUUCCUGUGGAUCCCCAGUUUUUCUUAGCUUCAGUGUAUCAGGUGGCUGUAUACUGAAUUGGGACAAAUAAAAGAACUGUGGUUCUGCACAAA